AUGGGCGUCCGCAAUAUCCUCCCUCUGAUCCUCCUCCUCGUCUUCGUCGGCAUUCUCGCCGUCGUCGGCUUCAUCGUCUACAGCAUCGUCCAAGACGUCGGCAAGAACACGCGCGAGAAAAUGGAGCGCAAAAACAUCGCCUUCACCCGCGACGGCAUGAAAGUCCAAGUCCGCGAAAUCAAAGACGAGGCCUACAAAGAUCGCACACAAAGCGUCCUCGUCAACAUGUGGAACCACACUUCCUUCCCCGCCUACAAGAGUCGCCUCUGGGAUAUGUCGGGCUCGUCAAACGCCGCGGAGCAGGAUAAGCGCAAGUAA